AUGGCUAAUAUCCUUACAUCUGCUGCUACAAACAAUGAUAAUAAGACCAGUGAGUAUUUCUUGCAAGCGCUUAUGUCGCAAGUCAACGAAGAAAGUAUUGCAAAAAUCAUCGAACUACAGAAGAAUUCCUUAAUGCGUUUUGAAAAAACGAACGAAAUGUUGGCUAAUUGCUGUUCGUUAUCAGCUAAUCGUCUUGAAAAAGCAAAGAAAGACUUAAAUGACAGUAAACAAUUGAUAUUGGAAAUGAAAUCUGAUUUGGAUUCAAUUUUCCGACGAAUACGCAAUUUCCGGAACAAUUACAAAAGCAAAUAUGUGGACAUUCAAAAACAUUUUGAAGAACAAUAUUGCGAUCUGGAUGAAGAUACUUAA